AUGACCUCAGACUCGGACCCCCCGCCAUCGGCGAGCGCUCCACCACCGGCGCGACCUCGAUCGCCUUCGGGCAGUUUUUACGCUCUGAGCGACGACGAAGAAGGGGAUUACAACACGAUCACACAUACAGAAACUGGCCGGGGCGUCAAACUUCUAUUCUCUAAGAGCAAGGUUUACGUGCACCCCACGCCUUCAGCGAAGGACAAUAUCCCAGGCUACAUAGCUCUUCUACAACAAAAAGGAGGCCGAAAUGGCCGUCCAACUUCCUCCUCGUCGCGAGACUCCCAGAACCCAACGGCCUCCGAUCUGCUCCUGGCAUGGCUCCCCGAAACGUCCCUAGGCGAAUCCGAGAGCAUCUAUGUCAAGGUUGACCUUAGCGAAGGAGAAUCGCCUCCGAAGCAGUCAUACCUCGUACCACCUCCGCCGACCGUCACAUCUCACCGGGGCUCCGUUGGCACCUAUGCGUUCGCCAUCCCGGUUAGCGCAAUCUACUCGCUUCUCGUGAGGCCGCCGAGCCUGGGCUGGUGGUUCGGCUCCUUGAUCAUCAACUCGAGGGCGGGCGACAGCUUUCCCGCAUUAUUCUUCCACGACAAUGAAUGUCAAAGCACAAUCCUCAAGCGAAAGAGGCGGACAAGGGACAGCUUUGAUCCAUUCGGCGAUCGAGGGGAGAUGUUCUGGGGCGGCGACGAAGUGUUGCGCUGGUUGCGACGUUACGUCCCUAUUGAAAGAUCCGGCGCGGAGCCCAACAUCUACCUGGUGGACCCCUCGAAGGAGGAUAGCGAGGCUUUCAGCGGCAAGCUCACUUCCAGUACCGCUCAGGUUGGCUUGAAAGAUGGUACGGGAACCCGUGCUGGCGGCGCCGGUCCCAGUGGCGACGCGCAGAUGGACCCGUUUGUAAAGUUUGUGAAAGAGACGGGCUGGAACAUCAUGGAGAAGUUCAGCAAGGUGACCACCUUUACACGGCGGGCCGCGCAAGACGUCAUACAAAACCCGAACGUCCCUCCGCAAGUUAGGCGACUUCUGCGAAACCCCGAGGUGCAGACACUUCAAGAUGAGUUCGACAGCGCAAGGAUAUACCUCGCGCGCUGGGCCAUGGGGAUUGCUGAGCAGAGUGAGCGGGAUCGGAGCCAGAGAAUAUGGACGGCUAAGGAGGUCCUAGAGCUCGAGGACACCGAUGUUGGGGAGUUCGAGCUCUUGGACGGGAGCAGCACCAUGUCGCUGGAAGACAGGAGAAAGCCGGUGACGCUAAAAGAGUGGAACACGUUCUUCGACCAGCGGACCGGUCGACUUUCAGUCACUGUUGAUGAAGUCAAAGAGAGGGUCUUCCACGGCGGCCUGGACCCUGACGACGGGGUGCGAAAAGAAGCGUGGCUGUUCAUUCUCGGGGUUCACGACUGGUAUAGCACAUCCGAGGAGCGGAAGGUCCAGAUUGCGUCGCUCAGGGACGAGUAUGUCAAGCUGAAAGGCGCAUGGUGGGAGAGACUCGUAGACCUUGGAGGCGAGGGCGAGCAGGGCGAGUGGUGGCGUGAACAACGUAGCCGUAUUGGUAGGUUUUCCGACGAACGACUAGGAGAUGCUUGUGCUGAAACUGUUGCAGAAAAGGAUGUUCACCGAACAGAUCGAAGUGUUCCUAUUUUCGCCGGAGAAGACAUCCCGCACCCCGAUCCUGACUCUCCCUUUUCCGAGGUUGGCACCAACGUCCAUCUUGAGCAGAUGAAGGACAUGCUUCUUACGUACAACGAGUACAACAAGGAUCUGGGCUACGUGCAGGGCAUGUCCGACCUCCUCGCCCCGAUAUACGCCGUCAUGCAGGACGAUGCAAUUGCCUUUUGGGGCUUCCAGCACUUCAUGGAUCGUAUGGAGCGCAACUUCUUGCGCGAUCAGUCAGGAAUGCGGUCACAGCUGCUCACCCUUGACCAUCUCGUCCAGUUCAUGGACCCGAAACUUUACGCGCACCUGCAGUCCGCGGAUAGCACCAACUUUUUCUUCUUCUUCCGCAUGCUGCUCGUCUGGUAUAAACGGGAGUUCGAGUGGAUGGAUGUCUUGCAUCUGUGGGAGAUUCUCUGGACGGACUACCUAAGCAGCAGCUUCCAUUUGUUUGUGGCGUUGGCCAUCUUGGAGAAGCACCGGGACGUCAUCAUGACCCACCUACAGCAUUUUGAUGAGGUCCUCAAAUAUGUCAACGAACUCUCCAACACAAUGGAUCUCGACUCAACUCUGAUUCGCGCCGAGGCACUAUUCCGCCGCUUCCAGCGCCUGGUAGAGGCAGUCGACAAGAAGGGCAACUUCCCUGGGCCAAGACUCCGAGACCUCGGCUCUCCCUCCAAAUCAUCGUCAUCCGACCAGGACCCAAAGCCCGGCCAAAGCAGUGCCGGGCCAGCGUCACCACGCAAGGACACGGGCAAGGCGCCCGAGGAGUCGCAGGUGAAGAAGGUCAUCACACCAGAGUUGAGAGAGUUGCUUAGUCGCAAGGUGGUGGUACUUCCACGCAAAGAGGUAGCGAAGAAGGGCGACGGUCUUGGGAGAUCAUGA